AUGGACUCGCCUACAACUCGUAAAGGAUGGAUUGAAGAUGCUAUUAGUAGUAAUCAUAUGACGGUUUAUGAUUUCAAUUCGUUUAGCGAAAUCGAGCAUAUUUCUACAACAUCGUUCACAGACGUUAAAAGGGCUUGUCAAAUAGGAUUAUGUCGCAACGCUCAACAGGUAUUUUAG